UCCAAAUCGACGGCGUAGAGGUAGGACUUCACGAAUGCAAUUAGGCACAACGCACAAGCCUAACUUUCCAUUUUAAAAUAUUGUACAGUUUUGUGGAAGCUGAGGCAUUUUUGUGAUUAGUUCCAUUUUUAAGUUUUUGGGGUUUCUUUUGCCAGAGAAAUUAGGACCGCAAUUCUAGUCAUGGUCCAUUUCGGCUGUAGUGUUCUAGCGAGUUACUUUGCUAUCUGAAGGGCGGUUAAGGGUACAUGUGUUAUGUUUGGAAUGGCUGCCCUGAGUGUUAAUUUACACAAUAUAGACAUAGUUUCAAGGUCUAAAUUUUGAUUGUACACCCUUUAACAAUGAGGCCGCACAGCUUCCCUAGGUGACCUGUGAUAUGGAUUGUUUUUGUUACCAAUUCAUGUUUUCUUCAGUCGGAAUUUGUCUCAAAGUGCCUCCUCAUGGUCAAUUUGUGCCAGUAGCUCCACAAGGACACACAAUAGAAGCGUGUGCUGUCGCUGUCAUAAAAGAGGAUUAACAAGUGUGGCACUCUAAUCCCUCAGAUAUGUUUGGAACAUGAAAUGCCUGCUACAGUAUUGCUUCAGUAAGAGGAAGGCAAGAAGCAGCAGUACUUUCUUCUAUGCACUCUUAUACCUGUUGUAACUCUGACAUUCAUUUGCCAGCUUUCGGGUUGAUAUCUUGAAGCGUUUGCAGCGACAAGCAUUCUAUGACAUCAUGCAGCUGAGGGAGAGACAAGAGAAAGUUGAAAGAGUGCUUUCGUUGUUCAAAGCUUCCAAAGUUGGUCCAUUUGCAGAAGAAAGCACUCAGGUCAAGGGAGUUAUCAAUGUCGCUGGAUCGUUAUCAAGAGAUAGUUCAGAAGCAGAAUCUGAUAUUAGUUCACAGUUUGUGUUUCAGACCACUGUUCGAAAGAAGGAUUACCUCUUUGCAGAGCUCAUCUCUGAUCAUAGAUACAUGUCUCAAGAAAAUGAUCAUAUUGGGAGCCCUCUUGUAUUGUCAAAGGUGAUGUACUUGUCAAAUAUCAAUGACUCAUUGUCUGUUGUUGCCGUACCAGUUGGAGCAAGGUGUGAUGAUUUUUCCACCGAUCCAAAUCUCCGAGAGGAACAUUGGCUGGCCAGCUUGCAUUCUUCGUUGAGGCCACCUUUGCUGAUUAAAAGUUACAAAUAUGCUGGUGGCCUGAUACUGAGAUCGAAGAACUUUUCUGUUUCUCUUGCUGAGUUGAUUUCAGUAGCUGGGCAGACACUAAAUGCUCCUGGUGAAGCUAGUAGAGUUUUCACAGAAUUCGGGCAAUUUUCAUAUCAGAUGCCUGAUGACAUAAAAUUGACUUUAUCUGCUGCCUGGCACGGACCAAGUGUGAUUCCUCGGAAGAGGAAACCUGCUGCUGGAGGUUGCAUUGAUGUUGAGCUUAAGUUCGAUGAGGGCUCCAGAAUCGGGGCUUGGAUUGAGAUCAACAGGAAGUCAAACCCACGGUCACUGAGAUGGGCUCUCACACUAUCAGAUACCCCAGAGGAUGAACUAGGAUGGGGUUUGAGCUUGCGGAGAGGGACUGACGCCAAACCACAACGGUUUCAGGUAGAGGGUUAUCUGAAUUUGCAUCUGAGCAGGAAGGCUGCUGUGCAACCUGGUAUCGUGCUCAACAUGGACGGGAGGAGAUGCACACCUGCUCUUGUAUUCCACUCAAGCUGGUCCUUGUAAUUGUGGUGUAGGAAACUUUUGGUAGAUCAGAGAAUACAGAAGGAAUUUUUUGUAUCAUGUGGAAGGAAAACAAUUCAUUUAUAGGUGCAUGAAGUGUUACUAAAAUGGUUAUGUCAAACUUCCAUGACGUACUUUUAACA